AUGUCGGUGAACGAGAAACGCCAUCUCCAGACCACUACGAUCCCCCGAGCCGCAAUUUCCUCCACGUCGGAGCGUGAAGUGCUUGACCAACGAUUGCAGCGCCUCUCCGACGACACGCCCUUUAACCUGGGGAACCGGUCCACCAACAAUUGGGCUGUAGGGCAUGACAGACCCUUCAGCUUGGAGGAGCAACAACUACAGUAUAUGACCUUCUUGACACACCACGACACCGACUCAUUGCUCCUAGCCGUUGGGGACUGGUCGGACGAAACGGGGCGCAUGAUGGCCGAUGGAUCAACAGCCCCAAGCGCUGGGGAAAGUUCAAGAGAAACCGUGGCCAAAAAGAAGAUUAGUCUCAAGGACUACAAGACUCAAAAAACUAGUGGCGCUGUUCCAUCUCCCGUUGGCCUCGAAGCGGGUAGCCGAGGCGCAUCAAGCUCCGCCAAAGCGGGCCAGAAACGGCCAUCUGGGUCGGAACUUGACUUCCUUAACCCCUCAACGACCAAGAAGCCCGAAGCACAUCCUACAAAGAAACUGCGGCUCUCUCCCGAGAAAGAGACGCGCCGAGAGCCCAGCCCAGCCAAAUCGCACUCUCCCAAACUUCCCGCACUCCUUUCGCCCACUCUCCCACCGACAUCGGGUGGCCCCAGACUUCCGCGCUUACUAUCUCCUACCCUCCCUCCAGAGAUCGAAAAGGAGUUGGCCCGUCUCGAGGACCGUUCACCGUCUCGUAGUAGUCGGGCAGGAAAAGGAUUGCCUGCCAAAGAAUCCAAUACACAUGAACAUACAAGAGAUCACGCCCGUGCUGGCCCACAAAAGACGCAGCUUCUUACGAAACUGCGGUACGGAAGAGCGAACAGAAAGCGUGUUGAAGCUCUGCUUAAAUUUUCUGGUAAAAGGAAACCCCAUCUGUCAGAUUCACCGGUCAGCCAGGACACCGAUCGUGAUGAAGUAUCCCAUCCCAGGAAUAAGGGAGUAGAUUCUGGUUCGUCUCGUGGACACACAUUUGGGGAUCUGAAAGGUAAAAAGCAUGAGACUGGGGAAGCCCUUGGCCCUCAAAAUGGUCGCUCAAAGGAGCAAAAAGGCUUCCCCGAAAAGCCUCGAACGCCCGUUCCCCAGCCGCAGUUGGGCUCUCAUUCAAUCGCCCACGACAAAACCAAAGCAGCUUCUAUCACACCGGCGAAAGACCUAAAACUUCCUAUCUCUCGUCGAAACGAUCCCGGAGAGACCGAUGGCAAGAUUCCUUCUAAUCCCGCCAACAAACGUCAUUCUGUUGAUCCCGGGUCAAUCAUGAAAGCUUCCCCGACACAGGCAGAUGGUCGUACGCGCAAUGAGCGGCAGGUAUGGUGGGAUGAGUGGCAAAAAUUUGCGAGCAUCGGUCGUGAAUUGAAACACGCCGCAGAGCGGCAUACCUCCAAAGCUGGGGCCUUGGUUACCGACGAAAAGCUAGCCGUUGUGACUGCGAUCGAAGCGUUGUUGUCCUUUAUCAUGGCAUUUGUAGCGAACGAUCAGGCUAAGGCUUCAUCACGCCAGGUUGGGGAUUCCUCAACAUGGCUGUCUAUUGUGCCAUACUGGCGUGUGGUCAAGAAGAACAGUGUACCAUAUCCGGCAUUGAACAGUCUCUGCUUGCUCCUUGGGGCUGUUUCAUUCACUGCUAUUCAUACUCUCGAUCUUGAACGCCUCGCGAUAAGCCCAAUUCCUGGAGAGCAAACCCCAGUCCCAACGCCUGGGAGCGACGGAAACGCAGCCCUGUCGGAUGAGAACAGAAAAAGCAGGAAGGAAUUUUCGGAACUGAAGGCUCGUCUUCCUGAGUUCUACAAGGAUUCCCAAAGGCUAUGGAUCGAAGGCACCCGGGGUCUUUCUGAAGAUGUCCUUGGCCGUGAGUUUCCCACGAUCUGGUCCCAGCGGUCUCGAAAUUACUCGGAGCGAGGCCGAUCAUCUCUUAAAGCUGGCGACUAUGCUGGAAGCUAUUUCCUACCGCUUGGUGGCACUACCCCGCCUAUCGAAGUGGUUCGGUUUGGCUGGUCCCUACUGAAAGAAUGGUGCUCGAAAGAACGGGUGGAGUGGAAUGGACGUCUUGGUCUCUAA